AUGUCUAGUAUUAACUUAUCAGUCCCACCAAUUCCAUCCGCAGCUGAAUUCAUCCCAGUUUUCACCUUUAAUUUAAAACUUGCUCAAGAUCCAACCUUAAUCUAUACUGAUGCAUCCGCUGAUAAAUCAUUAACUUUAGCCCACAUUGCUGAUGGUGAAGUUAGUACAGUUCCAAAUAGUUUAGGUUUAGAAUUGGAUGUUACUGGUCUUACUGGUACUGAUGACUUAUCAGUUAAGAUUUCUGCCAAUACUGCUUCUUUAGAUUGUAAAUUGUAUGGAAAGACUGCUAAUGGAUCUGGUGUUUUUAUUCAUUAUGGAGGAAAAGUUCAAUUCAAUGAUGCGUCAGUUGCAGUACUCCUGAAGAAAUCCCAAACUGCUUCUAUUGAAGAUAGUUUUGUUUCAAACACUCCAACUUUCCAAUUUGAUGAAGGAGCUGAAGAUAAAUACAAGUGGGUUUUAAAAGAACAUUUCUUUGGAAGAGGAAGAUUUGCUAGAGAUAAUGAAGGAGUUCUUUAUGUUCAAUAUUAUAUCUACCUUGUUCGUUAG